AUGACAGCUGAAGCUACGGAGAAAUCGAGUGGCCAGACUGAGAAGAGAUCCGCGGCAAGAUGUCAUGGAUCCACGACGAGCGAAGAGAAGGAAGCGAUGAUUUACCGUGGCAAUCUGCUCAAGAUCUCCCAUUUUCUCACCAACUUUCGAAGCUACUUUGCGUGGAACGACGACGACAAACCGCAAGAUAUAAGCCAAGCUGAGGAAGACAUGAGUUUUGUGAUUACUCCUCGUGACGUUGAAAGUGCCUUGGAGUUUCGAUACUUGAUUCUCUGGAAGCAACAGCUCAAGGAUCACUACUGCUGCGAGGAAGAUCCAGAUGCCAAUAAUGAGACAGACGAUCAGGAAGGGAGGAUGGACUCAAGCAAUACAGGUGCCGGUAGCAUGAAAAUGAACAAAGCAAGACAAAAGCGACUGGAAGAACUGUCUGCAGAUAUUGAGCUCCGUCUGGCGGAACGAUCGGAAAAGCAAACCCAACGAGACAUUCAAGUGGCUCAAAUGCUAGAACGCUUUCAAGUCUGGUCGACCAAGGACCUGACACAUACACUGCUGAUGCCUCCAACGUGCGAUUGCGAAAACCUGAAAGAAGCAUCCACAGCCUGUUGGUCCAAACUACUGCAUAUUCCUUCGGCAGUGUACUUUGAUGGUCGAUGCCAUCAACCCAACGUGGGGGACAGGGUGGAAGCAACAAACGCAACACGUGAACCUUGUCUGGUGCCAGAAAAGGCAGAUCAUCAACAACAACAAAAACAACAAUCCACGGAACUGGCAUUGCCAAAGACCAGGUUCUCCAGUCUGUACCAAAGGACUCAUGUCAAAAACGCAAAGCAUCCAAUGUGCAGUCUGGUACUGCCUCCCAACAAUCACACAUGGGAAGAGUUUGCAAGGAUUGCUCAAACGGUGUCAUUUCUACCAGAAAAGGACCGUAGGGCUGCAGAAGAUAGUCCUUGCAGUGGCACUCUACGGACUAUGGAACGGUACAGCCAGCGAAAAAGGCAUAAAGCAACAUUAGCGGGGUUGAAGAGCGCACCCAAAAAGAUCAACAUUUACGCAGAAGACUUUGUCUUUCGACCACAUGAUUUAGUCGCUCUAUGGGUACGAGCGCAACGAAACUCGGUGGCAAUGCGACACUUGAUUCAACUUUUCACGAGGCCGACGCAACAAGAACUCGAUCAAAUAUUGAUGAAAACGAACAAGGACGAUGGCCGUGAUGAGAAAGACGACAACAAUAGUCAUCGCGUGGUGUUUCGGGGAAAUCACAAAAGCACAAAGAACCGGGUCUUGGUCGAAAGCAAACAAGUCAUGUCCCUCGUGGAAUGGGCCGUCCUCAAUCAGGUCCUCUUUCAUUGCGAGUUUAUGCAAGGCUUGAUAGCAAAGGAACUGCCAAAAAAGAGAGCCAGACCCGAUGAUCGGGACUCCAGACCAUCCAAGAAGAGCCGAUUUGAAAUAAUGACAAAGGAUGACCCUGAUGCAGUCAACAUCUCCGCGAAACUACUGAGAGCGUGUCAUUUACAUCUCCUUCGAUGGUUUGGCAGACGCAACCAACCCAUGGUGGCCACGUUGUUCUUCUCGAAACUUUUACUUUACCCCUCGCCGGCUGCUCCUUCGUUCCAUGAUAAAAACUUGGGACUACUGGAGCAAUGUCAGCAAGCUGGCGUCACAGAUGCAAUAGCUCUACGAUUGAAAUCGCUACCAGAAAAUGGCGUCAAUCCGUCUGAUAGGUCACUAGCUCGCAUUGAUCGACGAAUACAAAGCGGGAAGUUUGACGCAGAGCAGAGUGCCUUGGACGACCCCAACAACACAUCUCGGUUCUACCGGGCCAUGAGUCGCCUCUUGCAGGCUUGGAAAGAUGUGCUCGCCGAGAACGCUUCCAUUGAUGUCGACCCGGACAUGUUGAGGGCUUCUGUCGACGACUUUGAAGUCCUGUACGCAGAGUUUCAUCGUGUUUUGAUCGAAGAUGGCAUUGUUGCUGCCGCAAGGAGCCUGGUUGACUUGACAACACCUUCGGCAAUCGAGAAAUGCCGAGAUGGAGCAGUAGAACAAAUUUACUUGGAGAAUCUCUUGACGUAUACACCCUCCCCGUGGAAUGAAUGUUGUCUGUGUCAAAAACCGUCGCGGAAGCACCAAAAUGAAGCGUUGGAGAUAUGCUCAUGCUGCGAAACAGCGUAUGCAGAGGAAUGCUACCAAGUAUCGAUGAUAUUCGCUCAGGUUGAUCUGAAGCAGAAGAUACGUCCUUACUUGAGUUCAGCACUGUUGUCCGUGGUCCUGCCCGAAUCAGAAAUCACACCUGAUUUCCGCGGGGGAAACGCCUCGAAGAUUCAAUGGGAACACAUCACUCUUACACUGAAGAGAAGUAUCGAUGAGAAUGGCAAGAUGGAAAGCGCUGGGCUCAAGCUGCGACAGUGCAUCGCUUCACGAGAUGCACUCGACUAUGUCUUAUCCGGUCGCCUGGAUCUUGUGAAUCUGUAUGGAGAGGGGUUCGACGAGGAGUACCCAAUUGGCUUCAGCCAGGGCGUCGAAGGGUGUUUUGUGACACACGUCAGAGAUGACAGCUCUGGCCAACGAGCCAGUCUCAGGCCUAAUGAUGUUAUUGCGGGCCUUGAAUUUGUCUCCUUUGCAAAAGGCGAAACGCCCCCAUCGAAGCUGGCCCACAACUUUGCUAAUCUAAGCAAAGAGACCCGCUUAUGCCUUUUGUCGCAAGUCAAAUCCACCGAACUCAAGCUCUUUGUCAAGCGCCCUAGCGUUGAUGUCAUCGAACAGGUCACUCAAUGGAUUGCUCUCCUGCGAGAACGCAAUCAGUUCAUGUGGGAAGCCUUGGCCAAGGAAUCUUCAGUUUCCUUUUGUUGCAAGUGCCAAAAAAGCAAGCGAGACUCCUCUUCUGAUACCGACGAAAGCCAGCAAGAAAGGAUAAAAAGGGAGGCCAUAAAUUGCAGAGCCGUUCUCCGUCGGCUUGGUAUGGAGUCAUACAGCUUCGCCUUUUUCGACGAGCCGUCGUCUUCCACCGAAUUCGUGAGCCUACGGAGAUUGGACGCCAUGAUGAGCUGGAUCAUACAUUCCCACUCUCAACAAGCCGCCGAGAGUUCUCCCGCGAAGGAUCGCUUGCAAGCUUCGUUUUUCCAACCUAGACGGGUCGCUGCGAGCAAAGAUCGCCUAGAAUGGGCUCCACCAGAAUUGGAAGCAAAGCCAAACCUUCUCCUAGCAAAGGGUUUCGGAUUGCUGCUUCGCCGUAGCCGUAGUGCACCCAGUCACAACGAACAUCAUGCUGAAGAAGCGAAUUCACUCAUCAGUCACUUCAUUCGCCUCUUUUGUGCGUGGUGCGUUCCAAUACGCGAGCUUCCGAAGAGAGCGCCACCAUCAUGGGCUCUGAACGCCAGAGUGCCAUGGGUGAAGCCAAGCUGUACGGUUUGUUUCUCGCGGGCCAGUACUUGUGAGCGGAGCAAUUUGCCUGUUUGCGAGGACCAAUUUUGCUGCCGUGAUGCAAUUGAGUCCGGCUGGCUGGAGGACAGUGCUAGCUCCUAUGCGCAAAACGCUGCGCUUAUUGGCACAACAGUGCUUGUCUUCCCAGGUGACCCCAUUCUUGCUUUUGUCGCUCAAGAGGCCAUGCUGGUGAUAAAUUCGUUCGGGCGACCUAUUGAAUUCCUCGUGACCUUCUACUCGCCUCCAUUGCAAUGUGGUGAAGAAGGUCAGUUUUUUCUCCACCCGGUAAUAUCGCAAAUCCAGCUUCAAUACUUGCUGGAUCGGACUCAUCUGUUGAAGAAGCCUCGAUUACCUUUUGGCUCUGUUGACGAUUGGAUCAAAGGAUCCAUCCUGGACGAGAAAGGGGUUUUGAGGAUCACCCGUGAAAAGUUGGACGGUUUGCGAAUGGAAACGAGCGCAUACUUUGCCUCCGUUGGUACUCAAAUCGAGGAAUUUGCUCAAUCGGGCACUCUGAAGGAGGAAAGGACGCUCGACUGGAAAGAGCAUCAGAAUUGGCUCUCCUGCUCUCGCAAGGAUAGCGUUUGUGGACAGGACCUCCUCCAGCAGAUCAAAGUGUCCGAUUUCUUGGCUGUAUCCACAGACCAGUGUUGCAAUCUUGUCGAGCGUCUAAUCGCAUCAGCCACUCCUGUUGUGCGAUUAAUGCUUGCUUCCAACGACCAUCAGAGGGACUCCAUCAGAACCAUAUUGGAGGGCAGUGACCUUGGGACGGUGUGCAAUGAUUUAUGUGCUGCGCCUGGAGGUGACCAAGAAAGCGAGGACGACGGCGACCAGAAGUUAAAAAACCUCAAGUUUUGCCUCCCGGGCUUAGACUGUGACGUGGUUUACACUGAUUUUCACUACAGCUCGGAUCAGGAAGAACUUCAUCUAAAGGAGGCACUCAUUAGUCUCGAUCCCCUCUCAAUGCCCGCACAAUCGGAGACCAUGGACCCCGCUGAGGCCAUAACAAUCGUGCUGUCUCGAGAUGCAGAAUCGCCGAAAGAGUCUCUCGGAAGCACUGGACCGGAAUAUAGAGGUGUUGGAUGGGGUGUGGAGCUUCUUCGUUGGCACGGGGAGAACAUGUUGAGAGUUGGACGAGUUCAUCCUCGAUCUCCGGCUUCGGAGGCGGGGUUGCAAUCACAUGACGUGAUUUUGUCAUUGAAUGAACGAGCUGUCGGCCGGGGGAAUUCCUGGACACAUCCUUUGCUCGUUUGUUCGUUUCUGGGGAUGCGAAUAUCUCCCAUGGGAAAGGCAAAAGAUCAUUUUGGCGUCAUCGCAUCCGCCUUGAACGCUACAAAGGGUCCAGUUCAAGGGCCAGUGAUGCUCAAGGUAAACCGAACGAAGCAACCGCAACAAUCAUCUUCUACCCGCCACACGACCUCCGUUGUAGAUCUCACUACUGAUGAAACUGCGCUUGGUUCGUCGCGACCUGCCCAAAUGCCUGCUGGCACAGCUGACAUGAAUGGCACCAACGCUGCUUCCGUUAGCCAAACCGUCCCGGUUCAACGUGUUGCUGCAAUGGAUCCAUCAACAAUUAACGCCGCAGGAACUGCUCGUCACCAAUCACCUGAUUCAGCUAUGAAUCGAACGGCGGGGGCUGGAGUGGCGCAACCAGGCGAACAGGCUGUACAACUAUUCUCUGGUGGACGGACCCCUGCUGAGCAGGCCCAGGCACUUUCACAUGCCCGAAAUGCCUUGCCACAGUUGAAACAUGCAGUAUUCGCGACCUUGGAUUACCGCCCGCCCUUGAGGCCACGGCAUUUGCACCAAGCACAGGAUGGCCUGGGAAGCCGACUUGUGCUGACAAAAGUUGAAACGUCCGUUCUCUUGGAAGCAAUUCACCAGGGCAUGUUUGAAUUGGGUCUGCGGAUGCUCUGUCCGAGGUACACACUGCAAAUACUUGCCUUGCAGCUGCUUGAACUUAUCAAGCACAAGAAUAACCUUGGCGUGGCUCCCCGAAUAGCAGACACUAUUUUUCGGGCUUUGCUUGGGAAGGAUUAUGAACGAUACAAAAAGGAACCGGCAGGGAUACCUCCAGUAUUCCUCGAUUCCACGGGAUCGUACGCCCUUCCCACCGAUAUCCUUCCCCUUGACCGUCUAGCAGAAGACGAGUUCAAGAAGCAGCAUGCACGGCAGGUAAAUGCACAGAGGCAGCAGCAGCAGGUUGCACCACCACAACAGCCUCCCCAACCGGUGAUGUUGGUACAGCCACAGCAUCCGCAACAGCGCCCUACCAAUCCUCAGCAAUAUGCACAUGGUCUGAGCUACAACCGAACCGCACGCAGACAACAAGAAUACUAUGGUGGACAACCUGGGUGGCAUGGUAGUGGCCAAAUGCACCAACACCGCAAUUUCGAUAACUAUGAUGGCAAUGCACACGAUCCAACGGAGAGAAUUCGAGGAGGCUCCCCGCCGUCCCCUACCGGUUCAAACGCAGGGAGCAUAUGCAAUGAAAACGAAGGCUUGUUGACUGUUCCAGUGGAGAAAUGGCAUGGCCAGCUUGUAACAUUCAUUGACGAAUCAGAGCGCGAUGGAAAAACUAGCGAGGAAAAGUUCUUUGCCUAUGUGAAUAUCACUGCAGACCUGAAUAUCAACAAAAGCACCAAUUUGGAUGAUAUUGAAGUGAUUCCGGUGGUUAUAUUCUUUUCCUCUAGUUUGGGAGUGUAUAGCGAAGUCAAAACCAUCAUGUACGAUCCGGCUGAUCUUUCCCCGAUUGAAGAGGGAAGCCAAGACGCUGUGACCGCCGCCAAUGCCAUGCGGGACGGUAAAAUCAAGGUCCCAGGUCUUGGCGAUUCCAAUCAAACGGUGCAAAAAGAAGCCGGGGCUACCGGUACUCUUUUAUCGUCUGAAAGCAACCAACCAAUGCAUCUCAUUCGCGACGAGGAUCCUAACCAAAAAUCUCCCAGAAUCGAUGUGAGAGAUUUGGCGAUGGCUGAUGCUGGAGCAUCCACGAGUACGUCAAAACUACUAGUACAGCCAUCGCCCCCAAGUAGAGCUACGCAGGCAGGGGCGGGUUGUUUGGUGUCCCCAAAUGUGAAUGUAAAUGUGGACGAGAUUGCUGCAUUGUACGCAGGCAAAAGCUCUGGCCGGAAAGACGUGUUGGGUCAUUUUCCAGACGGGAGAUCGAUGCUUUGGCUACCGAACGAUCCUUGUGCGCUCUACGUUGAAGAGCUCGCUCGCAACCAAGUUCAUGUAUGCGAGGACGUCUUCAGAAAGCUUGUUUUGGAUCAAAACAACGAGAGGGAAUCGAAUGCAAGGCUUACGCUUGGCAACCAUGCCCAUUCUUGCCUGUGGGGUUGCACAUAUUAUGAACAACAGAGCCCACAAAGUCAGCUGCAACUGGUAUCGUUUCCAUCUGAGGUGGAGUUGCGGAAACACUACGUCGACACGCAUUCUUUUGGAAAUGGAAACAAGCAAGCCUGUCAGUUUGAGAGCUCUGCCAAGUUUUUUCGAGUGUCAAAUACCCGAACUGUUCAGAAACUCAUUGCGCAACUCACGGCGGCAGCAUGCCUCUGCUCAGCCAAGCUGAGCGACUUGGCGAAAACCGGUGAAGCCGCUGCUUCUGUUGUCGGUCCGCAUGGUUCCACAAUUGUUUGUGGACCAUCUAGAUUUCGAUUGUCUCUCAGUGUCGACGAUAUAGUCUCUACGAUAAGGUCCGGACCACGAGCAGUCAAUCGGUCCCAAUCCUUCCAAGCCAAUCCUUUGCACCAGAUUCUUCCACUGCUAGCCAAGACAGUGUUUCUGUUUGACUUGAAGAGCGACACGUCCCUACGAUUGUCAAGUGGAGCUCUGAAAGGCCUUCAGAAUGUUGAAGCGAAGAAAGAGUUAGGAGGGCUAUCGUUACCGCCAUACAGGAGUCACUGCAGCAUUUUUCCGCAAUCUCCAGCUAGAUCGAGCGGUAAAUGCACCGGUUGCUCUCUGUGCGUCCUUGAUGCUGAAAGAACACUCGAGCACCACACCGCCAACAAGAGAUACAACUGCGGGUUUGGAGAGACCGACUUAUCGAUGCCUGUUCCUUGUAGCAGAGGAUAUCUUGGUUUCGCGAAGCUGCUCCUCCUCAGGAUUGCAAGGGACAUACCUACGCAAUUGCAACCUUCUCUUUUCAACGGAAAAAAGGACGAACUUGGCAAUCUCCGAAAGCAAGUGUGGAAACCGACGGUUGGGAGAAGCUUCCGCCGUUUCAUCCGCCAAAGCACGUCAAUUCAAGCCGUGACCCAAGCUUUUGUUGUGCUACUCGCAAGUGUCGAGCUGCGAGAAUUGCCGCUCUGGUGGAAAGCAGAGCAAUUUGGAUGGUCUGAAGGGACCCAGCAGCUACUUCUCGCACCUUCGAAGUCAGCUCUGAUUCUUAACAUGAAUCUGUUUGAUCUAGCCCUUUCAGAGUAUAUGGGAAGAGUCCAAGGGGAAAGGCCCUACAGAACUCUCGUUGACGGGUCGCACAACUUGGUCCCCGAAAGCUUCCGAGGCAUGCCCGCUGAAGCGCGCAUUAAAGCUGUCCUGGAGGCAGCUGCCAAACAUGAUCUGCCAAGGUUUCAUGGCGUCCAUGCUUCCGCAUGUUGCAUCUGUGAAGAGGAGGGUCGUCUAUUUCGGUGCGAGUUCUGCGAUUGUGUAGUGCACAAGGAAUGUUGUUCUCCCGAACUGCAAGAUCCUGAGCAAUGGGUGUGCAACGCUUGUGCUGUCGAUGUCAUGGAAUUGACAAGUGACUAG